CCCUAUCUCUGCCAUGUGUUUGAUAUUUCUGUUAGAAGCAUUGAUAUUGUGUCCUGUCUUAGUUUGGUGGAUUUGAGUUCGUAUUUGAUACAUAUCUUUCUGUUUCUGUACACUAACAGUCCAAAACGGGAGGAGAAAUUUUUUGUUGUUACUCUCUUUGUAGCCCAUUUAUUAAAGCUCCUAUUCAAUAGAUAUCUUUCCUCAUUAUAAUCCAAAGAAAACAUUACCAAUUCCGCGCCAGAAGUCCCUCAAUUUUAUGGACUUCACUUCUCAAUAUCUGCACCUGUAACUCUCCUUCUCCACAAGCUUCCUUUUGAAUGGCGAGUUUCAACACCAAAUCUCAGCCCAAAAAACUAAUUCUUUUCCUUAACACCUCCUUUUUUUUCCUCUUCGUUUUCUAUAUCACGAUCUCAUAUUUUCACGAGCAAUCUAACUAUGAGGCGGACACAAGCCAUUCUCUAUCACUUCAAGAAUUGAUAAGGAGCAAUGGCUGCACAGGACUUCAUGAACAUACAGAUUCCAAAUCCAAGUGCAUGUAUCUCAGGUCUCAUAUAGGGUGCAGGCCAAAAGGGUACAUAAACUAUCUCCAAAUCUUUUAUUGCACUUGUGGUCAACAUCCUGUACUUGGCCAUGCUAUUUUAUUAUUAUGGCUUGUUGUUCUAUUCUAUCUUUUGGGUAACACAGCUGCAGAAUAUUUCUGCUCCUCCUUAGAGAACUUAUCCAAAAUCUUGAAGCUCUCUCCAACUAUCGCUGGUGUCACCCUUCUUUCUCUUGGCAAUGGUGCUCCUGAUGUUUUUGCUAGUAUUGUUUCCUUUACUAGUUCUAGCAAUGGUGAUGUUGGCCUAAAUAGUGUUUUGGGUGGAGCAUUUUUUGUGUCUAGUACUGUGGUUGGUGUAAUAAGUACAUUAGUAAGUGCCCAAGAGAUUUCAAUUGAUAAAUCUAGCUUCAUUAGAGAUGUCUCCUUCUUUCUUUUGUCUCUUUGUUCUCUUCUCUUGAUCAUUGUUAUAGGAAAAAUUACCUUGUGGGCUGCCAUUUCAUUCCUAUCUAUCUACUUCUUUUAUGUUUGUGUGGUUUGCCUUAUGCACUUUCUCUUUAGGAAAGAAGAGAAAGUGAACCCAUUAGCCAAUUCUCCAUCUUCAAAAAUUCUCAUCACUGAUAGCCAGGGGGAUGUUGUGGAGAUGGGUAUACCAUUACUUGGUUAUGUUGAUGAUGAAAAGCCCAUUUUGGUUGACAAAACCAGUCUUGAAGAUGAGGAAAGAAGUCCAAUGUGCUUCAGUCUUGAUUCAUCUUUUUUUUACUACUUGGGUAGGUUUUUAUAUGUUUUGGAGCUACCUCUGUACUUGCCAAGAAGGUUGACUAUACCUGUUGCUAAUGAGGAGAGAUGGUCUAAGCCCUAUGCAGUUACAUCUGUGACAUUGGCACCACUUCUACUGGCAGCACUAUGUGACACCCAAAGAGAAAAAAAGUUGGGUUCUAGAAGCAGCCUAGUGAUCUACAUGACGGCAGGGUUUAUAGGAAUGUUUCUUGGAAAUCUUGCAUUUGUCUCCACUAAGAAGUCUAGCCCACCAAACAAGUGUCUGUUCCUUUGGCUAGUUGGUGGGUUUUUAAUGAGUAUAACUUGGACAUAUAUUAUAGCUGAGGAGCUGGUCUCUCUGUUGGUUUCACUAGGGUAUAUAUUUGGGAUUGACCCUUCAGUUCUUGGGCUCACUGUCCUGGCUUGGGGCAACUCACUUGGAGAUCUGAUAGCCAAUGUGACUAUGGCAGUGAAUGGUGGGGCAGAUGGUGCCCAAAUUGCUAUUUCAGGUUGCUAUGCUGGUCCAAUGUUCAAUACAUUGCUGGGAUUGGGCUUGUCAUUUGUUAUCUCAUCAUGGUCCAAAUACCCAUCUUCUUUUGUCAUACCCAAAGAUCCUUCUCUGUAUGAGACCUUAUUGUUUUUGAUGGCAGGCUUGCUCUGGGCCCUUGUGAUUUUGCCCAGAAAAAGCAUGAGGCUAGACAAGUCUCUUGGUAUUGGGCUCCUAGCUAUAUAUUUUUGCUUUCUGUCCCUAAGGCUAGGGAGGGCUCUUGGCGUUCUGAAACUCCAUGAUAUUUCUUACUUCAAUACCUGGGACAUGGGUACCUUCGGAAAUGCAUAAUUUGAGCCUUGUACUUCAUUUAUGAUAUUAUAUGAGUCUAAAAUGUCAAUUUGUCCAUUUUCUACUAGGAUUUGAAAUGAGUUGUCCAAGAUGAAUAUAUAUUGACCAACCUCAUUGCCUCUAAUAAUCAAAUGUUUAUUUGCUCU